AUGUCUGAAAGGAAUGAGACCAAUCACUUGUCUCGUGUCAGUACUCGUAUGAGCACCAUUUCUCAGAGACUUCCAGUAUCAGACAUCUACACUGAACCACCUAAGGAUCUCGACCACCAGUUAUUCAAUGACAAACCCGAUUUCUCAAAAAAAUCAAUUAAUAGGUACCUUUCGACCAGAUUCUCCACCUUGAUGGAUUUUCCCUUGUACCAUUCGGGUAAAAAAUGGUACCAAGUUGUCAACCCCAUUCCAGGAUUAAAAGAAAUGACAGGAAGUGACUGGAACUUCUAUUUUAUGGGAUUCUUUGCUUGGACUUUAGAUGCUAUGGACUUUUUCUGCGUUUCGGUUGCCGCACCUGAAAUUGCAUCUUCAUUGGGAGUUAGUGUUACAGAUAUUACUUGGGGUGUCACUUUGGUGCUUAUGCUUAGAUCAGUUGGUGCCAUUAUAUUUGGUAUUGCUUCUGAUUAUUUUGGAAGAAAAUGGACUUAUAUUUUGAUUUUGAUUUUAUUUAUUGUUGUUGAAAUUGGUACUGGAUUUGUGCAAACUUUUAGUCAAUUUUUGGGAGUCCGAGCUAUCUUUGGUAUUCUUAUGGGAAGUAUGUACCCAGUUGCCAUGGUUACAGCAUUAGAAGGUCAACCAACUCGUGCCAGAUCUAUUCUUUCUGGUUUGUUUUUACCAGGUUAUUCCUUAGGUUACACAUUAGCACUGGUCUUUUAUCGUGCUUUUGCAGGCACUUAUAAGCCAGGGGAAGGCUGGAGAUCAUUAUUCUGGUUUUCUGGUGCACUUUCAGUGCUUUUAAUUGCAUGGAGAGUAUGUUUCCCAGAAUCUCCAGAUUACGUUGCUAUGAAGAGUAAGAAGCGCGAAUACAACUCCAAGGUUGAAAAGAAGGGGUUCUUCUCGAAAUUUGACUAUAGCGUGAUCACUACACUUAAAACCGAAUGGUUAAUGUUUACCUAUCUUGUUCUCUUAUACGCUGGUUUUAAUUUCACCACUCAUGGUACUCAAGAUCUUUAUGUUACUUUAUUAACCAAGCAGUUCAAUGUUGGUCUUAACAAGAAGACUGUGAUUAUUGUUGUUAGUAACAUAGCUGGUAUACUUGGUGGUACUACCAUGGGAACCGUAUCUGAACUUCUUGGAAGAAGAAUGACAAUUGUGGUAUGUCUGAUAUGGUGCUGUGUCUGGCUUUAUCCUUCGUUCUUCAAUGCUCAUAUCAACUGGUGGGCCUAUGUUUUACUUAAUUUCGGUGUCAUGGGAGGAUGGGGAGUGGGUCCAAUCCAUCUUUUGGAAUUGGUUAAUUCUACUCAUAGAACAUUGUUAUCAGGGUUGGCUUAUCAGUUGGGAAACUUGGUUUCCUCGGCUUCGGCUACGAUUGAAGCUAAGAUUGGGGAACGGUUCCCCAUUAAAGGUGGUGCUCCGGACGUGUAUGACUAUGGAAAAGUGAUGUGUAUUUUCUCAGCUGCUGUGUUUAUCUACAUGAUUAUCUGUGUUUUCCUUGGUCCGGAAAGAUUCCACAAGGAGUUGAGAUUGAGAGAUGAGAUUGUGGGACAUGGUGAUGAAGAGUCUGAACUUGGCAGAAAGGCUUCUCCUAGUGAAUCCUUGAGCAGUAACAACAAAGAGCUACUGAGCCCUAAUCACAACGAGUCUCCUAGUGAUAACAACAGAGAUUCUCUGAGUAUCACGAAACUUGUUUAA